AUGUCGACCUCGCCCGAAUCCCAAUCCCACUCCCCCUCCGACUCCCACUCCGACUCCCACUCCGACUCCCACUCCGACUCCCACUCCGAAUCCCCCGACCCCCAAACACCAGCAGCACCAGCACCAGCACCAGCAGCAAUAGCAGCACCAGCAUCAGCACCAGAACCGGCACAGGCACAGGCACAGGCACAGGCACAAGCACAAGCACAAGCAUCAGCACCAGCACCAGCACCAGUACCAGUGCCAGUACCAGUACCCUCACAGGCACCCUUCCAACCACACCCCUCCUACCACCGCCCCAUCCACCCCGCCCCCGCCCCUCUCCCCAAGCUCCUCCCCGCGCCCCAAACCCCCCAAACCCGCCCAACCCCCCCCCUCCCCGCCAAGCCCGCCACCGACGCCGCCGCCAAACCCGCCGCCACCACCGCGACGAUCACCAUCCCCACCGAGACCAACCCGGCCAACAUCCCGCGGCGCGGCGCUGAGGUCGGCAUCGGCCGCCGUGGCGCCGCCGUGGCACUCGGGCAGACGGGCCUCCCGCUCCGCAACAUCUCCGCCAUCCUGCACCUGCCGCUCUCGACCGUGUCGGGCAUCAUCUCGCACGCAAAGGAGAUGGCCGAGGUCAAUGGCGGGUCGCCGCUCGACGAUAUCAACCUCCGCUCGAAGCGCCGCAUGGGCAGGCCGAAGAAGUGGACCGUGGAGGAGAAGAGGGUGGUCAUACAGGUGUGUACGCGCGACGCCAAGCAGCGGGCAAAGUCGUAUGUCAUGCUGGCGAAGGAGUGUCCGUUUAAGAUUGAUGAGCGCACGGUGAGGAGGAUCAUGACGGAGGCUGGAUAUGAUCGUAGGAGGAGCCAUGUGCCCGAUGCCGCGGAGAGGGUCUCAGAUGAUGUGGAUGAGUAG